AUGGAGGUGAAGCGAGUACGCGUAACUAAUUGCAAGCAGUUCAAUCUGCUUGUUUCCCGUAUGGAGGCCAAUUCAGCGGUAGCCAAGGGGAUGAAAUACAGCGAGGCUUUCCACAUAAGCAAGGAACGGUAUGCGGAUAUUUGGAACGAGUUAUGCAGCGGAUUGAACAGCCUUGGACCUCCAACUCGAUCAGUUCAAGGGUGGCAAAAAGUUUGGACAGAUUUUAAGCUGAAGGUUAAAAACAAGCUAAAACACAACAAGCGGGAGGCAAGUGCUACUGGCGGUGGAUCAAACCAGAUGGUGAAUCUUUCACCAAACGAAGAGACGAUAGUUAAUCUUUUGUCCCUUGAUCAGAUGGUUAACCACUCUGGUUCUGUGUUUGGUCUUCCCCAAUGCGAGUCUUCUCCGCGGGAAACCACCCUGGAGCAUGAGUAUGAAGCAGAUGAUGAAGUCGGGACCGAAAAUGUUGAGAACAUCGGGAACAACAGUCACACUAAUGAAGUUGGAAACAGCAGCAGCUAUAACAGAAGUGUUACUACUACCUAA